AUGUCACUCGUGUCGCAACUACCAUCCAAGAAGCACCCAAAUGGCGUCCGCCUGCUCGCACUCGACGGCGGUGGCGUCCGAGGGAUUGCUUCCCUGGUCAUGCUCAGGGAGAUCAUGUGGAGGGUGAGGGACAGGGUCAAUCCGGGGUCGGAAGAGCCCUGCCUCCCGGUCGACUUUUUCGAGCUGGCGGCCGGCACCAGCACCGGCGGCAUAAUCGGAAUCAUGCUGUUCAGGUUGCGGAUGAGCGCGGAUGAGGCCUGCAAGCAGUACUACAAGAUCGCCAAGCAGGUCUUCAGCCCCAAGAUAUGGGGCUGGAAUAUCAGCUGGCUGCCGGGCGCAUCUUACGUCAACAACGGAAAGUUGCUGUUCACGAGCACUCGCUUUGACGCCGAGCCGUUGCGAAAGGCUGUCGACAGCGUCGUGGAGAGGUUUGGGCUUGAUGACAAUGACAAGCAGAAGAAGCGGCAGGCGCCUCUGUUUCACAAGAAGGCUGGCGGGAUGUUCCUCUGCACUACCGCCCAUAGUCAGGCCGAGACAGUACUGAUGAAAUCGUACCAGCCCGGCGACUCGCCCGCCACCAGGUCUAAAGUCAAUGAUAUGGUGAAGGCUGGGGGCAAGGGUAUUACUAUCGGUAUGGCGGCGCUCGCAACGUCUGCAGCGCCAACCUACUUCCCUGAGGUCAAGUGGGAAGUACCUGGCCAGAAGCCGCUGACGUUCUGGGACGGCGGCCUUCUGAACAACUGUCCGAUAGACCAGGUGUGGUACAACCGGUUCGAGCUUGUGGGGCCCAACGAGGACGAACCAGACGUGUCGUGCCUCAUCAGCCUUGGGACUGGUUACGUGCGGCCCGGCGGCUCGUGGGUCGCCGAUUAUAUACCCGCAGUCCGCCUCCUGGAAACGGCCGGGUCGGUCAUGAGCUUUGCCACCAACGCCAACGCCAAGGGAAAGGACUUCUCGAGGCAUUAUUCGACCCUGCUGAAUACCCGACAAAAGUACGCGAGGAUGAAGUACCUCCGGUUCAACCCAAACCUCAGGUCACACGAGAUUGGCCUCGAGGACUACACUAUGAUGAGGAAGCUAGAGAAGAUCACUCUCGAGUAUCUCGAGGAUCACAAGAACCAGUCGUUCAUCAACAAGGCGGUCGAUGCCAUUUGCCCGAUUGGCGCGAAGAACGAUUGUUGUCAGUAG